AUGGACAUCGACUCCAGGAUCAAGGCCUAUCGCUUUGUUGGCUACGCGGCCGUCACGUUCUCGGCACUGGCCGUGCUGUCAGUGUGCAUCACCCUGCCGAUGGUCUACAACUACGUCCACCACGUACGCUCCCAAAUGCACUCAGAACUCAGCAUGUGUAAGGUCUCCGCCAAGAAUGUGUGGUCCAAUGUAUACUCCAUAAAAGAGCUACCUGGACCCACAAACCGAACAACUAGGAAUGUAUAUGGCGACCAAUGCAGCGGCUGCUGUUUACCGGGACCGAUGGGACCAGUCGGAACACCAGGAAAACCUGGCAGGCCUGGAAAGCCUGGAGCACCAGGCAUGCCAGGAAUUCCUGGCCGGCCACCUCAAGCACCAUGUGAACCGGUUACUCCGCCACCAUGCAAGCCAUGCCCACCAGGGCCACCUGGACCACCCGGACCUCCUGGACCGCCUGGAGAUAAUGGAGCACCUGGUGAGCCCGGACCGAAAGGAAAUGAUGCGCCACCAGGUGAACCUGGACCUAAAGGACCUCCUGGACCUCCUGGACCACCUGGAAAACCUGGAGCUCCUGGCGAACCUGGAGAACCGGCUAUAUCUGAGCCUGUGCUGCCAGGUCCACCUGGUCCUCCAGGAAGUCCUGGACCACAGGGACCCCCCGGACCACCCGGAACUAGUGGAAUCGAUGGCGCACCAGGAGAACCUGGACUGAAAGGGCCUGACGGAAAGCCGGGGACGCCAGGAAAGGAUGGCGAACCUGGCCAACCCGGUCAUCCUGGUCUGGACGGGCAGCCUGGUGAGAAGGGAAUAUGCCCGAAGUACUGUGCCGCCGAUGGAGGAGUGUUUUUCGAGGAUGGAACGCGACGCUAUACUAUAGAAAGAACAAUAUUAAAGAUCAAAUAUCUCUCUCUCUAUUUGCGCAUUACAGGCGUUUAA